AUGGGUGCCGUGAAGACGUUGGAGUAUACGGUGAUCAGUUUUCACCUUUCGUUUAAGGUAUGGACUUUGGAGACAUUUCCUGAAGAUUUGAGAGCCCUCCGAAACAACGGUCUCCAUUGCCUCAACCCUCUCAGAUUCAGCAAGCAGAUUACAUCAUCUUACACUCAUGUUUUGGGAGCAGACCACAACACCUCACAAGACAAUAAAAUAGACAAGUUAGUGGGUGUUGUUAAUCAUUUGGCAACCACAAUCGAGCAGUUUACGAAAAAAAUUGACAAAUGGAAAAAUGAAAGACAAUUUGGAGUGAAUGAUAUCGAUAAUGUGGAGGACCGUGAAGUCUUCAUCGAUUGUUGUUGA